AUGGAACUCUUGGAGCGUAUUUUCUGCUGUACUGAAGCUAAAGAAACUUAUCAUGCGCACUCGAUUGCUCCCCCGCGACCAUCGAAGCCUCAUUUUGCAUUCACUGAAGAUCCAGGUUGCAAGCUGAGCAACCCAGCAAUCAUUGCCACCACUCCGAUCGGCACUCGACCAAACUCGAGCACGAAUUUGGCUGUGAUUGACGGAGAUUUGGAUGAACGACAGGAAUCCUAUUUGCCGGUGCAAGUGAAUCCGGCAAGGCCGACGGAAUUCUCCAUCGAAAAUCCAUUGUUUCAAAUGAGUGAAGAGAGAAAAGUGAUCGAUGAUUGGACGUCGAUCGAACUAGCGACGACACCUUUGAGAUAUGGAAAUCAAAUGAAAACCCCAUUGCAUGGAAUGCCCGUUAUUCACAACUUGGCCACACCUGGCGGUGGUCCAUUUAUACCAGUUAUUCCAAGACGAAAAACAUUCAGUCAUUUGGGAGAUUCACUUGAAACCCCAUCAACUAAACCAGUCGUACCAGCUCGUCCUCUUUCAUCAAGCCUUUCUCUCAGUCAUGAUUUGCAUAAAGUUACGAUUGCUAAAGAAAAACUAAAGCAAAUUCCUGGAAAUCCCCCAAAAACACCAGCACGUCCUCCACCAGCAAAUCGAGGGCAAAUCUCACCGACUAAUGAUCCUUAUGCGGUAGUGCUCUAUCCAUUCACUGGGUCACAAUUUGAUGAGCUUUCUUGUGACGCUGGUGAUAAAGUUCUUUUAAAGAGAGAGGUCGACGAUCAAUGGAUUUAUGGAAUGAAUACACGAACGGGUCAACAUGGAAUCAUGCCCUUAUCUUAUCUUGAUGUUAAAGUGCCUCUUGUGCCAACUCAGAAAGGUGCCAACGUAACGACAGCUUUAUAUGAUUACACAACGGGUGUUGAUGGUGAUUUACAAUUCCGAGCCGGUGACUUGAUUGAUAUUGUUGAAUGGGUGGAUGAGCAAUGGCUUCGAGGACGAAUCGGCUCUGCAACAGGGAUCUUUCCGGCAAAUUUCGUGGAUAGUCAGAGUUUAACCUCGAUUUCAAAACCUUUGAGAUCACCGAUGAAAAGUUCGCCAAGCAAGGAAACCGUUACCGUGGCUUAUGAUUACAAUACCGGGAUGGCUGAAGAUCUAGUUUGUCGAGCUGGUGACGUCGUUGAAGUUGUUGAAAGGUUGGACUCGAAUUGGAUCAAAGGAAGACUUCGCGGUCAAACUGGAAUGAUUCCUACAACAUUCUUGCAGGAUUCAAGCGAUAAUCGAAAAUCGAUGAGUGGAUUCGUUGAACGAGAAAUGACAGUGAUCAGCGACUACGCUUCUCAUGAACCUGGACAUCUCAGUGUUACUCGUGGAGAUAAAGUGAAAAUUGUUGAAGAGCUUGACGACUAUUGGUACAAGGGGAAACCAUUGGAUUCCGUCUUUCGAUUCAUGGAGCCUGGAUUUAUUCCAAAACAUUGUGUACAA